AUGCGUUUCGGCAAGCGUCUCAGGGAAGCUAUCUAUGCUCCCUGGAAGGACAAGUACAUCGACUACGCGAAACUCAAGAGCCUCCUGCGCGAGGACCAAUCGGACGAUGACGGGACGCCUUGGACCGAAGAGGACGAGCAGCGCUUCUGUGAUGAGAUAUUCAGCAACCAGCUCGAAAAGGUCGCUCAGUUCCAGCAGGAGCGCUUCGACGCCCUUCGCCAGCGCGUGGACAGCACCUUUGAGAAGCUCAAGGAGCUGGCUCCCGCCGAGGCGGACCAGCCUCUGCCAAAAAAGGGCGACAUUUCGGCGCAGCGACUCAAGGAGCUGCAGGCGGAGCUCGACAGUAUCACCGACGAGGUCAACCAGCUGAAGAAGUACAGCAACAUCAACUACACUGGGUUCCUCAAGAUUGUCAAGAAGCACGACCGCAAGCGGGGCGACCGAUACCGGGUGCGUCCCACGAUGCAGAUCAGCCUAGCCAAGAGGCCCUUCAACUCGGAGCAGGGCUACGCGCCGCUGGUCAACAAGCUGUCCAUCAUGUACUUUGCCAUUCGUCAGCAGCGCGAGGAAGGUGGCGAAGCGCCGCUCGACUUGGGCUCGCAGCAGGAGACGCUCAACGGCGAGAAAUACACUGCUCACAAAUUCUGGAUCCACCCCGACAAUCUGCUCGAGGUCAAGACGCUGAUCCUCCGCCACCUACCCUCCCUCGUAUACAGCGACAACAGCGCCAAGGAAAGCGACGACAACGAUACCCCCGCAGUCACCUCGCUGUACUGCGACAGCAAAGACUUUGCCCUCUACUCGGGCAAGGUCGACCGGGAGUCCGAGGCUUCCUCUCUCCGCCUGCGGUGGUACGGCCAGCUCAGCAACUGUCCCGUCAUCUACAUUGAAAAAAAGACGGUCGACGCCAGCGGGAAUAGCCACGAGUCCAAGUUCACUAUCAAGGACAAGUGGGUGAAGCCCUUCCUCGAGGGCGAGUACUCGAUGGAGCGCUCUGUCCAGAAGAUGGAGAGGCAGGGGCGUCCCCAGGAGGACAUUGCGGACUUCAAAGCGGCCGUGUCGACGAUCCAGGACUUUGUCAAGGAGAAGAAGCUCUCGCCUCUGAUCCGGGCCAACUACGUCCGGACGGCCUUCCAGAAACCCACCGACGACCGUGUCCGCAUUCUCAUCGACACCGACCUGGCCUUUAUCCGCGAGGACACGCUUGACAAGGACCGUCCGUGCCGCGACCCCAAGGAAUGGCACCGCACCGACAUUGACAGCAGCAACAUGAGCUAUCCCUUCUCCAACAUCAACCACGGCGAAGUCUCCAAGUUCCCGUACGCCGUGCUGGAGCUGAAGCUUAAGGAGGACGGCUCGCGCAAACGCCCGACCUGGGUGCAAGACUUGAUGGCGUCCCAUCUGGUGCACCCAGUGCCGCGGUUCUCCAAGUUUGUGCACGGUGUGGCGUCCCUCUUUGAGGACUACGUCAACAGCCUGCCGUUCUGGCUGAGCGAUCUCGGCAGGGAUAUCCGCAAGGACCCCCAGCAGGCGUUUGAGGACGAGGAGCAGCGGCGCGCGCAGCAGGCGGAUGAUGUCCAGGCCGUCGGCAGCCUGAUUGGGACCAAGUCGGGGUCCUACAAGAUGGCGCAGAGCUCGCCGCUGGGCAAGUCGUACCUGUCCGACCGGAUGGCGGCCGAAGCCAAGGCCAAGGCCACGCAGAGGCCCCAGCAGUCCAUCAGCGAGGAGGUCGGCGAGAGCAGCGGCGCGGGUGAGGCGUCACAGGAAGGGGAGCAGUCUCGUGGGUACGGGACGCUGUCGUCUGUGCUCCCCAGCUUCUCGCUGUCCAAGUACUCCUCGGCCAGGCGCGGGCAGUCCAGCGGUAAGUUGCCCGAGGGCGUCGUCAAGCCGACGGAGUGGAUCAAGAACUCUGGCGAGCUCAAGGUCGAGCCCAAGGUGUGGCUUGCCAACGAGCGGACGUUCCUCAAGUGGCAGCACAUUUGCAUCCUGCAGGGCAGCCUGGCCCUCGCCCUGUACUCGGCGGCCGGCGAGAGCUCGUUGGCCGAGAUUAUGGGCGUCGUCUACACCCUGAUUGCGGCCUUUGCGGGCUUUUGGGGGUACUCGAUGCUGCGCGUGCGGCGCGGCAUGAUCCUGGAGAGGAGCGGCAAGGACUUUGACAACAUGAUCGGGCCCAUGGUGAUCAGCGCAGCGCUCAUGGCGGCGUUGGUCCUCAAUUUCAUCUUCCAGUACCAGAAUGCUAUCAAGAAAUGGAGGGAGCACGAGGAGGAGCAUGGGGCUGCCGAAGCCAGUGGUUUCAUGGACGAGCUCAAGUAG